UUCCGCCCACCAAUGUGAAGCCUUCCUAGGCAGACUGGCACACCCACUCCGACGAGGCCGUGACAGUCAGUUGGGCCUUGUUGGGCUUCCUGGUCCGCAGCUCCGCCUCGCCUCGAUCUGGCCGGACAGUGGAAACACUUCUCAACAGAACAAAAGCGGCUGCGAACCAAGCAGCGAUCGCGACCCAACACGAGCUCUCCUUUGGACAUAAAAGACGCCUGAACGAGGGGAGAACGAAACCAAGUCCGGGAAAGGGGGACAAACUUGGUCGCCGUCGCAUCUCGCCUUCUUUGGCCGAUAAUCCGCCGAGGUGCUCGGUUAAAUAAACCAAGGGUCAAGCCGCCAGACGGACGGGCAUUGUGUCCAUAGUGUUCUUUUAAACUUCGGCCAUUUAGAGCCGCCUCUCGCAAAACGGAAACUAGGGUUUUUCUCCUCUUGUCUUUUCGCUCACACGGAGCCCGGGACGACGGAUUCUUUUGUGUUCACAGACUUCUGCUGUGCUGUUUGCGUUCGUGAAGGGGCUCUACUUGUCUUCGGGGACUUGAAGUGGAACAAAGCCCAAAAAGAAAAGGGUGAAAGACCCUACUUACAAAACCCAAAUGGCGACCUACGAUGAACAAAAUGGCAGAGUUGGACUACAUGCAGCCAAGAAGUUCUUGGAGGGCAAAACGACCAAGACUGCUUGUAAAGUAAAGCAAGAAGAUAAACACGCUGUUAAAGAUUUGCAACUCCCUGCUAGGUCACAGGAAAGCAACACCAGCUCUGCAUCUAGUUUCACCACCAACCAUAACUCUGUGGUGUGUUUGCCCCUUGUGUCAGAAGAACUAAAAUUGGUUUGGACACAUUCUGAUCAAACCCGUGAACUUGACUCUAUUCCAGAGCUGGUUCAAGCCUUUAACUUGUUUCCAUACCCGUCGUCAUUUGAGGUCAACACCCUAGCUCGAGUGUGCUCUUUGCCCUUGGACAAAGUUAAGGUUUGGUUCAUGGUACAGAGAAUCAAAUAUGGGAUCAGUUGGUCAUCAGAAGAGAUCGAGGAGACUCGUCGGAAACUAUCAGUGCCACACUCUUUUGAUGACUCCACUGAAACAAGCGAGGAAGCCAAAGUCAUGGAGGAUAAAGAUUCUGAAUCAGAGCCUGUUGUUCCGAGUGUGACUCCCCAGAAGAAGAAACCAAAAUGUGAAUCCCCAGAUUCUUAUAAACCAACCAAAUCCAACUCCCCGUGUUUCAGCUCCACAUUACCGCCACCUCAGGAUUCGUACUUCUACCGCUCACCAAGUGACGUACCGUCAAGUGCUACUGCGGCAUCCGAUGCUGCCGAAGUGUCCUUAGACCUUUCGGGGUCCUCUUCGCAACGACACCGCCAUGGACGCUACAAAAAGUCCAAAGCUCAGCUUGCUGCACUUCGUAAGAGCUUUUUGCGAGAGAACUGGCCUGCAGAGGUGGAGCUGAGGCGCUUACAGGAAGAGACGGGUUUGACACGCAACGACAUCCGUAAAUGGUUCAGCGACAGCCGUUACCAGCUUAGAGUCGGGCGAGGAAGCCUGGCAGCGGCCCAAGGCUUUUCCACCCUCCCAGCUGUAGGAGCCAAACACGAACAACAAAGCGAACCUCUUUCACUUACGACUCAAAGGAGUCGUCUUUUUAAUACCGUGGGGAAGGGCCAGGAGGGAGCCCGAAGCAAUGUGAUAAGAAAUUCCCAUUUCUUUCAGACAUUUUUGUCUCACAGCCUUGAGGCAUUUGGGGAACGCGACAUUGAGGCAGAUGGAUAUGAAGCAAUGGAAGAUCUGUCCGGUGAUGGUGACAGUCUGAAAGAUGGGGACCAAAGCGAAGAAGAACCUCUACAGUUAAUUAAGCCCUUCAAGCUUGACCAACAGGCAGCGCCACAGGAAGCACCCGACACAUUCAAAUCCUCUCCCUGCUCCUCCCCCUCUGGAACUCCUCCACUUACAACAUCGCCUUAUAAACAGCCCCCAAACAGCAUCAGCACAUCAAAGAAGUCAGUCCACCCAGCCAGGGGCAAUAAUCUACACCUCUCAGCAGCAUCUACAUCCCGAACAUCUGGUGGCAGACCAAGGAAAACCAAGGAGCAAUUGGCUUUAUUAAAGCAGCACUUCUUACGCUGCCAGUGGCCCAAGAGUGAAGAUUACACAGAACUUGUUAAAAUUACAGGUUUACCUAGAGCUGAUGUUAUCCAAUGGUUCGGGGACACACGUUAUGCUGUUAAGAACGGCCAGCUGCGUUGGGUUAAGGGGGUCCGUGACAAAUUCUUGGCAGAGCUUGCCGCCCAACAAAGUAAUGCCGGUUUACCUAAUGGCUCAGGAACGUCUCCGCAGGUUGGAAGUAGCCGUAAACGUAAAUCUCAAAUGAACGGAACCUGUGCAGGUUCCCCCAAUGUCCAACCAUUAAUUAACUAUUUCUUCUCAACGGGCUCCCUCAAUGAAAAAGACCUUGACAUAUUAUGCAAGAAAUCAAAAAUGAGUUACCAACAAGUGCGAGAUUGGUUUUCAGCUCAGGUCGUAGGAGAGACAGACCAAGAACCCGUUGUUCCAGAUUAAAGCAAUAGAACCAUACUGAAUUGUUUAUGGUGACAGAGUACUCCUAAUUAUCGUCCCUACCAGCAAGCUUAUUUGUAACUUGGUAGCCUAUAAACAUUUUUGCUUUACCCGAAGCAUGAAUGUAAACAAUUAGUCUUCCGAGUACAAGCCCAAAUCAAGGUUUGAGGCAUGUAUAUUUACUUCUUUUCUGCUUAUUAUAAUAUAUUUGAAACUGAAGAACUUUUCUGCCUGUGUUACUGUAAAUAGGAAAGAAACCUGUACACUGGCUUGCUAUAUUUUUUUCCCUUUGUUUAGAUAUAAACUGCAGAAUAGCUCAUUGUAGCAGUAAUUUAAACUGAUGGUUCUUUGGUACCCGAGUACAGUGGACAAGACAAGAUUUCGGUUAACUUUGCCACUUGUCAUCAUUCCUUUGUAGCCCAUUUUCCUUAUAAGGAAUGCACACUGGACAUUUCCCCUUAAAUUUGACAUCUUGCACUUUGGAUUUGGAGCCUGCUGCCGUUAUGUUUGAUAAGUCCAAUUAUUUCAUGUACUAAACACUGUCCUCCUUUUUAAUCUGCUGUUGUUUAACUUAUACAGGUUUAGAUUAAAAAAAUACAAACAUGUACCCAAACCCAAUCUGUGAUUCAUUUGGCCAAUCUGUUGAAAUACUUGUCAUUUUCAAUGCAAGAAAAGGCGAUACAGUGAUACCUCGACAUACGAUCGCUUCGACACGCGAUCUAUUCGAUAUCCGACGUGAAAUUUGACUCGCCAUUUGUCUCUACAACUGACGGCAUGCUCGAAAUACGAUUUAUAACCGCGCCGCAGUUUCUUUGUUUUCCCGCAAGACUGACACACGGCGGAUUUGCUUGUGAGAGAAAUCAACAUGGGUUCCAAGAAUGUCAAUGCAGGUGGUGGGGAAAAAAAGGAAAAAGGUGAGGCUUAUUAUUGAAAUGAAGAUGGAAAUGAUAGAAAACAUGAGCGUGGUGUGCGCGUCUGUGAAGUAGCUUGACAAUUUGGCCGUAAACCUCAGUUUGCCAGUCUAUAAGUUAAGGUGACAAUUACUAUGAUUGUAACAUAGCCAAAAAAGCCGCCAGCUUUGUUAGGUUUUUAUUCAUUUAUUUCAGAACUUGUGCAACACAACAUGCCUACUGUCCGCCGCAGCUGAACAUGAAAAGUGAAAAUAAAAGUCCACUGUCACAUCAGCCACACAGUGCAUUCAGAUACACCAUGCAAAACACAUUCACCACAUUAGAACCCUAUUUGUUACAUUAUUACAGGUAUUAUAAUUAUUAUUACUAAUAUUUUUAUUCAUAUUUUAUUUGUUUUGUUCUGUGUAAUUGCUAUUUGCAAUAGUACCAGCAGUAUUUAUUAAGGAUUUAGCGUACGUUUUCGGGCUGUGGAACAAAUG